GUCUAUAUCAUCAACGUAACAUGGUCUGACCUGACUUCCCAGAUCAUCUACCGGAGAUACAGCAAGUUCUUUGACCUGCAGAUGCAGCUUCUGGACAAGUUCCCUAUUGAAGGAGGCCAGAAAGACCCAAAGCAAAGAAUCAUCCCUUUUCUACCAGGCAAGAUCCUGUUCCGGAGGAGCCAUGUCCGAGACGUAGCUGUGAAGAGGCUGAAGCCCAUCGACGAGUACUGCAGGGCACUGGUUCGGCUUCCUCCUCACAUUUCACAGUGCGAUGAAGUCUUCAGGUUCUUCGAGGCUCGCCCAGAAGACCUUAAUCCUCCAAAAGA